AACUUUUAGCUAAAUUCCCGCUAAAUACAGCUCGAAAAAUAUAAAACGGUACUACUGCUAAAAUUGAUUAAUUAUUAAAACGAAAAUCUGUCCGAUUUCAUUGGCAAGCUUCUGCUGGAGUUUAGAGGCAACCAGAGCGAGCGAAUCUGAAUAACCCGCCCGCAAGAUUAAACAAGAGCUCGCCGAUCAAGUUUCGCAGCUGGCAGUACAAAACCAACUGUCGUGCCGCGGGGUAAAGUUCACGGCACUUUUCCUUUCGUCCGGAGUCAGUCGGAAUCGGUCACCAUGGUCGACAACAACAAUCUGCGCAGCGCGGUGAUCAACGAUGCGCCAUUGCUGCCGCCCUCGAGCAACUUCGGAGUGGGCGUGUCCAGCGGAGUACCUUCGACGGAGGCAGUGCUGCGCACGCCUUACGGCAAUGUAAGGGCGCUGCCCGGUCCGGUGCAACCUCCUCCCCUCCCUCAGUCACCGUUUCAGCAGACCCAGCAGUACGGUGGAUUCGGUGGCGGGUACGGAGGAAACAAUUACGGCCUUAGUGGAUUCGGUGGCUUUAACAGCGGCGGUUUUGGAUACGGAGGAAUGGGCGGCUUUGGCAGCUCCUACGGGUAUGGUGGCGGUUACGGCGGAGGAUUUGGCGGAGCAUACAACAGAUACGGAGCACCCGGCGCAAAUGAUCCGGAGCAGCGUUUCAUUCAGAUGGCAGAAGCCAGCUCACGUCCGGCUUUCCAAAGCAUCGAAUCGUUGGUCUCGGCCAUCGGCAACAUUGCCUCCAUGCUGGACUCCACAUUCUUCGCGCUGACCAGCUCGUUCCGGGCCAUUCUUGGCGUGGCGGCGAACUUUGGACGGCUGCGCAGUGUGUUUGCCCAGUUUUGGACGACGUUUGCCAUAUUUCGGGGCCUGAACUGGAUCUACAGGAAGAUUCUCUUCUGGCUAAGACUAUCCAACCUGGACCCUUCUUCGGCGGCCUUCAAGAAGGCUUUUGCCGAGGCCCUCAACGAGAACAAUCCCCAGGCGGGAGGAGCGCCCCAAGCUCCACGAAAGGGCAGCUCACCCUGGCCGGUGCUGGCCUUCAUCAGCUUCAUCUUCACAGCUCCUUAUUUGAUUAUGAAGCUGCUGGGCACAGUGACAAACACCGCCCAAGAGGAAGCCCGUAAUCCAGCAAAGUGGACGGCACCGAUUCAAACCCAGGCCGUUUACGAUUUCGUGGGGCGCAGUCAAAGCGAGCUUUCGCUGCGCGCAGGCCAAACGCUUCAUGUGGCCCCCCGCGACAUCCAGCAGACUCUCAAUCUGCUCAACACCGGCUGGGCCCUGGCCACCACUAACGGCCAGACAUCUGGCAUCAUUCCAAUUAGCUAUGUAAAAUCGCCGCAGCAAAUGCGCCAAGAGAUCCAGGACCAGGUGAAACCUGCCCAGCCACAGCCCGAACUGAUGGAUUUGUCGGCGGGAGCCUUCGCUUCUCCGCCGCUAGAGCAGCAAAUGAACUACGACUUCAACCUUGCCGCCCAGCAGCAGGAGCCUCUGGGACCGCCGUCAACGACGACAGCUGUCCUGGGCGAGGGAUUCGCCUGAGCUGAGCAACUGCUCUGGUUAUUAGCUUUAAUUUAAGUUAUGUUCGGUUCAGCUUCUGUAUAUGUACGUCCCUGUAUUUUAAGUUAGCUUCCGCAUUUUGUAUAUUUCCAUUUAGUUGUAAAUGUUAAUUAUUCAGCGAUCCCAAUGAAAGUAAACAUAAACCAUAUGUCGUGGGUUGGAA